AUGGCCCAAUCAUCACCCCUCGACAUCGUGCUGAAAGGCAGCUCCGGCCAAAGUACACGCGGUCUCUUGCGGAUCAUCAUCCUAUUAACAAUUGCGGCGGCCGCUGUUGCUAGUCGCCUGUUCAGCGUUAUCCGCUUCGAGAGUAUUAUUCACGAAUUCGACCCCUGGUUCAAUUUUCGUGCAACAAAGUAUCUGGUACAAAAUGGCUUUUACAGCUUCUGGGAUUGGUUCGAUGACCGAACAUGGCACCCCCUGGGACGUGUCACCGGUGGUACUCUUUAUCCCGGUCUGAUGGUUACCAGUGGUGUUAUCUACCAUAUCCUCCGUUUCCUUACCAUUCCGGUCGACAUUCGAAACGUGUGUGUUUUGCUUGCCCCUGGCUUCUCAGGCCUGACGGCGCUGGCCAUGUACCUUUUGACAUGUGAAAUGUCCACUUCACCAUCUGCCGGCCUUCUCGCCGCUGCUUUCAUGGGAAUCGCCCCUGGUUAUAUUUCACGAUCUGUUGCUGGCAGUUACGACAACGAAGCCAUUGCUAUCUUCCUGUUGGUGUUCACAUUCUUCCUGUGGAUCAAGGCUGUCAAGAAUGGCUCCAUUAUGUGGGGAGCUUUGACAGCUCUGUUCUACGGAUAUAUGGUCUCUGCCUGGGGUGGUUAUGUCUUCAUUACCAAUCUGAUUCCUCUGCACGUUUUCGUUCUCCUUUGCAUGGGUCGCUACAGCUCUCGAGUUUACAUCAGCUACACCACCUGGUACGCCCUCGGAACCUUGGGCAGCAUGCAGAUUCCCUUCGUCGGCUUCCUUCCCAUUCGCAACAGUGACCACAUGUCCGCUCUUGGUGUCUUUGGUCUGAUCCAGCUCGUCGCAUUUGCGGAGUUUGUCCGUGGAUUCUUGCCUGGCAAACAGUUCCAGAAGCUUUUGACCGCAAUGGUCUUGCUCACCUUUGGACUUGGUUUCGGUGGCCUUGUGCUUCUCUCUGUAUCAGGAAUCAUUGCCCCAUGGAGUGGUCGUUUCUACUCACUUUGGGACACCGGUUAUGCAAAGAUUCACAUUCCCAUUAUUGCCUCGGUGUCUGAGCACCAACCUACUGCAUGGCCCGCAUUCUUCUUCGACCUUAAUUUCCUCAUCUGGCUCUUCCCGGCUGGUGUUUUUAUGUGUUUCCAAAAGCUGAAGGAUGAGCACGUCUUCGUUAUCAUUUAUGCAGUGCUCGCGAGUUACUUCGCAGGAGUCAUGGUCCGUCUCAUGCUGACAUUAACCCCUAUUGUCUGCGUUGCCGCUGCGUUGGCCUUGUCAAGCAUUCUCGAUAGCUUCUUGACCAUGGGCCGACCCGAUCCAGAGGCGCUGGCCAACGCUGGCGCAGAGGAUUCCAAGACUCUCCGGUCGACCUCCAAGCCCGUCGUUGGUAUCUACUCGUUCUUCUCCAAGCUCACUGUUUCGGCCUCUGUCACUGUUUACUUGCUUCUCUUCGUUUCUCACUGCACCUGGGUUACUUCCAACGCUUACUCUUCUCCUUCCGUGGUGCUGGCUAGCCGACUGCCCGAUGGUAGUCAGCAUAUCAUUGAUGAUUACCGUGAGGCGUACUACUGGCUCCGCCAGAACACCCCGGACAACGCCAAGAUCAUGUCCUGGUGGGACUAUGGUUACCAGAUUGGUGGUAUGGCCGACAGACCCACUCUCGUCGACAACAACACCUGGAAUAACACUCAUAUCGCCACGGUCGGUAAGGCUAUGAGCUCCCGUGAGGAAGUCAGCUACCCCAUUUUGCGCCAACAUGAUGUGGACUAUGUCCUAGUUGUCUUUGGCGGCUUGCUGGGUUAUUCUGGCGAUGAUCUCAACAAGUUCUUGUGGAUGGUCCGCAUUGCCGAAGGUAUCUGGCCCGACGAGGUCAAGGAGCGGGAUUUCUUCACCUCUCGUGGCGAAUAUCGUGUCGAUGAUGAGGCCACCCCAACAAUGCGCAACAGCUUGAUGUACAAGAUGUCAUACUACAACUACCAGUCUCUUUUCCCCGCUGGUCAAGCUGUCGAUCGUGUUCGUGGGUCUCGUGUACCAGCCGAGAGCCCGCAGCUCAACACCCUGGAGGAGGCAUUCACCAGCGAGAACUGGAUCAUCCGUAUUUUCAAGGUCAAGGACCUGGACAACUUUGGCCGCGAUCACAGCAACGCCGUUUCCUUUGACAAGGGUCUCAAGCGCAAGCGCGCUGCGAAGAAGAAGGGUCCUCGCGUUCUGCGAACGGAGUAG